AUGAGCUCAGACAAACUGGUUUCUGAUGGAGAGGAGCCUCACAGCCGCCUGUUCACUGUGGAGGGGUGUCCGGGCGGAGAGUCUGCGGUGACCCCCAGAAAAAAGCUCCACUCUGCGGAGGAGGCGCGAUGCAGCAGCAGACCUCCUCCUGAGGGCGCCGGGUCCAUCUCCGAGACCGAGGAGAAAGGAGGUGGCGCGUGCCAGCAGUGCCAGAAGAAGGUCUCUGAGCUGAAGAAGCAGGCGCUGGCUCUGGUUGACCAAAACUCCCUAAAGGAUCCUGGAUAUGCAACCUUUCUCUAUGAACAGCUUCACACACCUGGGAAUCCUGAACUCGACUGUUGCCAUGCAUGCUCCACACCUCUCCACCAGCUGAGGCAGGAGGCCCUGCAGACGCUCCAUUCUCCAGUCCUCACCUUCAGCUCAGACACGACAGCCAUGCCUUCAGCAUCUUGUUUACCACAGCCUUCCAGACUCACCUUGUCGUCCUCCAGCGUCCACGCCAAACAGCUACUGAAAAGCCAGCCUCGCUCCCUCCUGCCUUUGAGGGAGCGGCACAAAGUGCCGGGCUGGUCUCAGAACCAAUCUGCCUCUUCAGGGUCUAAGACCAGUGUUCAGGUGACAGUGGCAGGAGGACAGCUAACCGGAUCGCUGAGCACUGUUACCAUCCAGACGCAGCAGUACCUCGACGGAAUGUGGAGCAUCUCUAGAGUGAACAACUUUCUGCAUCAACCCAAGCCUGCCUGCGGUUUGAUGGGGGAUUCAGAAAGUGAUGUCACAGCCUCGGAGGCCUCUGUCACCACCAUGACAAACACCACCAGCAGCAGCAGCACCCUGGCGCCCUGUCGACUGGGGGGCUCCAGCCAAGCAGCACUUCCAGCACCCAUAACCGCUGCAUCCACCUCUCCCUCCUCAUCUGCAGCUGCCUCCUUCUUCAUUAGGGCAGCUCAGAAGCUGAACCUCUCCUCAAAGCGGAAGAAACAUCAGCCCUCACCACUCCACCCGCAGGAACCCUCCAUCUACCCAACCAAUUUCAGCGGUAUCCUGCAGGUCUCGCCACCUCCUGCUCCGCCAUGCCUGCUCAGAGCUGUGUCUAAAGUGAAAGAGAACCCAGGAAUGGGAAAGGUGAAAGUGAUGAUGCGUAUCUGUCCAUCUCUGGAGGCUGCAGACUCCUCAGAGUUUCAGUCCUUCCUAAAAGUUGACAGCAGGAAGAAGCAGCUCACCCUCUAUGACUCUGCAUCCAGCCCCCACUCCAGCUCAGGGCACAGGAGAUCUGCCACUGUGGCCGUCCCAAAGAUAUUUGCCUUUGAUGCUGUUUUCACCCAGGAUGCUUCACAAGCUGAGGUGUGCUCAGGGACAGUAGCUGAGGUCAUCCAGUCAGUGGUAAAUGGUGCAGACGGCUGCAUCUUCUGCUUCGGUGAAGUCAAGCUCGGCAAGACAUACACCAUGAUUGGCAAAGACAGCUCCACUCAGAGUCUAGGCAUUGUGCCUUGUGCCAUAUCAUGGCUCUUCAAGCUCAUCAACGAGCGCAAGGAGAAGACUGGCACACGGUUUUCCGUUCGUGUUUCUGCUGUGGAAAUCUUUGGAAAAGAGGAAGAACUGAAGGACUUGUUGUCGGAGGUGUCAACAGGCAGCCUGCAGGAAGGCCAAUCUCCAGGAAUCCAUUUGAGGGAAGAUCCCAUCUGUGGCACGCAGCUCCAGAAUCAGAGCGAGCUACGUGCCCCUACUGCUGAGAAAGCCGCGUUCUUCCUGGACGCAGCCCUCGCUGCACGCAGCACCAGCAGGCCAAACGUUGAUGAGGAUGAAAGACGCAACUCCCACAUGCUUUUCACUCUGCACAUUUACCAAUAUCGCAUGGAGAAGAGCGGCAAGGGUGGAAUGUCGGGCGGACGAAGCAGACUGCACCUUAUCGACUUGGGAAGCUGUGAAAAGGUCCUAAGCAAAAGCAGAGAUGGAGGCGGAGGCUUAUGUCUUUCCCUGAAUGCACUGGGAAAUGUCAUAAUGGCUUUGGCAAAUGGAGCAAAACAUGUACCUUACAAGGACAGCAAACUGACAAUGUUGUUAAGGGAGUCCCUCGGCAACAUCAACUGCAGAACCACCAUGAUUGCCCACAUCUCCGAUGCCCCAGCCAACUAUGCUGAUUCACUCACCACCAUCCAGCUGGCCUCCCGCAUUCACCGCAUGAGGAAAAAGAAGUCCAAGUAUGCAUCCAGUUCAUCUGGAGGGGAAAGUUCUUGUGAGGAAGGGAGGGUUCGCCGGCCACCUCACCUAAGGCCUUUUCACCCUCGGACUGUAGCCCUGGACCCAGACCUGCCCUCCCUGCUCAGUGACCCAGAGUACUCUUCAAGUAGUGAACAGUCUUGUGAUACUGUUAUUUAUGUGGGCCCCGGGGGAACUGCAAUCUCAGAUAGGGAGCUUAGUGACAAUGAAGGUCCACCUGCUUUUGUUCCAAUUAUCCCUUCGCUGAACAGGAAGAAAUCUGCUAAAGAGGGCCCUCUGGACAGAGAUCAAUUCUUUAAAUGCAACACAUUUGCUGAGCUGCAGGAAAGGUUGGAGUGUAUAGAUGGCAGUGAAGAACCUACUGCCUUUGUUGGAGAGGGCAAGAAAAAUCAGGCUAGUCCUAAGACUGACAAAGCUAAGGAGAGUCAAGGCUGUAAUUCACCAAAGACUGUGGCAAACACUACUAACAACCAGGAUGGAAUCUCAACCAAACAAUUUCCCACACCUGUCCCGACACAAGCAUCCUGCAGUCCUAAUAUUACAUCUAAACUGGACACUGCCAAGACCCAAUUCUUACCUGAAGAAAGGAUGCCAUCAGAUAAUAUUCACAACAUUUGCAGAACCAGUGCAGAUGGUGAGAAGUCCUUGAUCUCUGAAAGCAAGGUUAAUUCUAACCACCUGACAACUUCCAUAGUACUGAACUCAGAGCCUGUGGUGAGGGAAAAAGUUUACCCAAACAAGAAGGCUUUGCCAAAGCCAGCACCACCUCCUUUACAACAGAAAGAAAACGUAGAGAAUGAAGAAAGAUUGAGCACCAGAAUUCCACCUGUGGGUAUGAGCCACCAAGCUGUGAAAAGAAGGGACCUAUGCACGUCCCCUUUUUUAAGAGGUCCAAUGGAGGUUUGCCAAGUCCACUCAACUAUGAGGGAAAGAUGCAUGGAUAGGGAUAUCCUUAGAGCUACUGUCACUCUGCAGCAGCCUGUGGAGCUAAAUGGAGAGGAUGAGUUAGUGUUCACUGUGGUAGAAGAGCUGUCUAUUGGCAGCAUUGUGGAUAAAGGUCGGCCAUCAAGCAUCAUUAGCUUUAACAGUGACUGCUCACUUCAAGCCUUGGCCUCUGGUUCCCGACCUGUCAGCAUCAUCAGCAGCAUCAAUGAUGAAUUUGAUGCCUACACGUCAACUGCUGUAGGAGCUGAGGUCAAUGUUGCUGUGGUCACACCAUUUCAGGAGGGUGUAAUGGAAGGUAUAGACAGCAGGGGUUCAUCUAUCAGUUCUUGGCUUAGUGAGGUUAGUGUCUGCACCUUGGAAAGUGAUUGUGCACAUUCUACAGAUGUUUUCCUACCACAGGUAAAACCCAUAGGGUCAGAGGCCACCUUUUACUUUGAUGCACUUGACAUGUUACAUUGUGCGUCAUCCACAAGAGAUCCUAAGAACUCCCUAAACGACAGUGGUUUUGGUUUUUCUGAACAAGAUAGUGACAGCACUGCCUCAAGCAAACUAUCACUGACAAAGUGUCCGCCAUCGCCAGAAUCUACAAAAGGAUCACUCAGAUUCACAUCCAAAUUAACUAAAGCUCACUCACUGAGCUCCUCUCCACCUCCACAGGGCACCUCCAUAGUACACUCCAGCCUUCCCAGGAAGAUUAAACCUACCUCAUCAGUUUCUCACAGUAGUAGCAGUAGCAGCAGCAGCAAUAGAGAUCCACCAAGGCAAGAGGCUAAACAGGAGGAUCCCUGGCAGCGCAGCAACAACCACUCAGAACCUCAGAAUUCUGACUCCAGCAGCACCAGCAGAUUUCUCCGAAAUCCCCCUAUGGGUAUUUUUUCCAGCAAAACACCCAACAACAGCAACAGUGUACCUCGCCCACCUAAGGUGUCAGGUUCUACCUCAACUCAGAGAGUGGUUGAUGGCUGUGAGAAAUCAGCUACUAAGAAUCCACCCAGCAGAAUGCCCCAGUUGAGACGAGGUGCCACCACUUUGGGAACAGUGCCUGUUAUUCAUUCCUCAACAGACCACAAAGGAACACAAGAUAAUAUUGCAUCUGCCACAAGUUUUAAGUUUUCCUCUCUGGGGAAAAACAAUAAGGCUAACUCACAGAAACAAAGUAAUCUCCCUAAACCUGGCUGUGUCUCACCACCUCCCCCUCCAGUUAGAAAGUCUAGCCUUGAUCACAAGACCAAGAUCCUGCUGCCCCAAAGUGCCUUAAAGUCAGCAUAUGGGGAGGCAGGGAGGACCUCUGGGACAAGGGUUGCUGUAUCAGAGGAUGAACUUGAAGUACAUCAAAAAGUUGACUCUACAAAUUUGAAAACUUCCAGCCUGAACAUAGCCAAAGUUACCUCCAGCCUGAAGGCCAAAGGUUCUAGAGGAGAGGCUGGGCUGCAUUAUGGCAGUCAAAUGUCACUGGAAAAAUGUGAGAGCCUGUCUUUAUCAGGGUCCAGAACUGUGCUUAGUAGGGAGAACAGUGGGGCAAGUCUGGGUAGCAAAUCUAACAAGUCUGUUCCAAGAUUUGGUAUUCCUAAUUCAUCCAGCUCUCCUAUAGCUACCUUCCAAUCAACUCAAAGCCCAGGAAAUAUCAGUAAAUCAGGCCAGGUAAAAGCUUCUGUAAAUCCAAGAACAUUAGGAACAGUAAAUGGUAGUAAAGCACGCUCACUGUCAGCCAACAACUCCAAGGGCCUCAGCUCCUCAACAAAAUCUCUGGCCCCUCCUGUGAUCAGAAACACCAAUGCCAACCUCCCUCCAUCAGGUCGAACAGCAACUCCACGGACUACUGCUCCAGUCUCUAGUAAGCCUGGAAGAGGAACUAUCAUGGGCACAAAACAAGCCAUUAGGGCUGCAAAUAGUCGUGUGAGUGAACUUGCAACAGGCAACAUAUCAGGCAAACAUGGGAGAGGUUCAGGAGAUUCAGACAGUGGGAAUGACAGUGGGGUGAAUGUGAAUGAUGACAAGUCACCUACAGCCAUGCUGCCCUCACCAUACAGCAAAAUCACUGCACCAAGGCGGCCUCAGCGAUAUAGCAGCGGCCAUGGCAGUGACAACAGCAGUGUGUUGAGUGGGGAGCUGCCUCCAGCUAUGGGCCGCACAGCUUUGUUCUACCACAGUGGAGGCAGCAGUGGAUACGAAAGCAUGAUCAGAGACAGUGAAGCCACAGGCAGCGCUUCCUCUGCCCAUGACUCCAUGAGUGAGAGUGGCAUGUCAUCUUCAGGCAGAGCAAGAAGUGCAAAGUAUCCAAAGAAAAGAGCCAAUGGCUUCCAGAGAAGAAGGCUAAUCCCAGCACCCCUGCCAGACACACCAACCCUGGGGAAGAAGGUGGGCACAGCAGGCCAGUGGGUGGACUUGCCUCCUAUGUCUGGACCGCUAAAAGAAUCCUUUGAGAUCAAGGUGUAUGAGAUUGACGAUGUGGAACGGCUUCAAAGACGGCGUCAGGAGGAAACUACGGAGCCGUUUCAAGAUGUUGACAAGGGCUUGCUGUAUUUUAACAGUAAGUUGAAGAUUUUGGAGAGAAGGCAACAGCAAGUGAGAGAACUGAGGGUGAAGCAUCAAGUGUUGCUGGAGGAGCUGGAGGACACAAAGGUGCGGCUGAUGAUGGAUUCGAGCAAGUGGCUUGGAGAGUUUGAGGUGGAUCCCAGUUUGGACAAAGAGUCUCCAGAGUACCUGGAGGCAUUGGCUCAGGCCACAGAGGAGCUGGAGUUUUGUGUCAACCUGUGCAAGUCCCAUGUCAUGAUGGUGACCUGUUUUGACAUUAGCUCGCCGUCAGCGUGUGUCACUCAAGAGGGCCUGCUGCGUGAAGUUGAAGUCUGACGACCAAUGAGAAGUAGAAGUGGAAAAAGAAGAGGACGUGAGAAGACAAAGGAAAAAAAGAAAUGUAGCAGUCAGUUUAUGGAUUUUACCUUAAUGAAGAACAACAGACAAGAGGGGAGACCAGAGCGGAGCUUUGCUUAAAAACAGAGAAAAUCAUUAGUGCUGAGCUACAGUGCCUCGUUGUCUCUAAGACAUAGCAGAGAAAUGAAGCGUGAGCACAAAUGCUGUUGUCUUGGCAACAUAGUGGCUAUCACUUAUGGAGAAGUCAAUGAACAACACCCGGAAGUGCCUUUUUUACCGUUUAGUUUGAGUAACUAUUUUUCAUAUGGUGCAGGCAUAAACCUGAACAUGUUCCUUUGAAAAAAAUAUUUUAUAUUGCAUUGUAUAGUGUAUUUAAAUGAAUGUGUGGUGUGUAUAGUUUUUCUUUUGAGAG